AUGGACGCCCCCGAAAGCGACUCGUCUAUCCCUGUAGCCAGUGACUCGGUUUUCAGUCUCUCACGCCCUUCGUCAGCCUCCUCAAUCCAUCCGACCGAUACACCGAAAGAUCUGCCAGCGGGCGCACCGAUAUCUUCUCUCUUCCAAGUCCGACAUACGCCGACCGCCGGUCGCGCUGUUUUCGCUACCCAAGGUAUACCAGAGGGUACACUCGUAUGGCGCUCAGAAGAUCUCACACUCAAUGUCCUCCUACGCGAAUAUCGACGCGAAGUAUGUGGGCAAUGUUUCGCAUACGAUUACGGGCGGGAUCUGGAUAUACGGGACAAGACGGUAGGGUUUGCGUUCUGUUCGAAGGCAUGUCAGGAUAAAUGGCGGGAAGAGAACGGCGAGAUUGGUGUUCAGGCAUGGACUGCAGUCGAAAAUUUAGUAAGGAAGAGGAGCAAGGAGGAUAGUGACAUGGUGGACACCGACCUACCACGACCGAAGGCCAAGGAGAUUCAGCAGGCUUGGGGAAAUGUUGCUGCGCAGGCGGCGCUGAUACGGGCCGCACGGGAAAGCGAACAAACAAUACCGGGCGAAGAAGCUGCAGUUCCAAUCACAAAGCAGCACAAAAAGGCCGUGUCAAAAGCACUACAAGAGAACAUCACACCCGACGUGAUGAGCUUCUGCGUUAGUGGCCUGGUCUGGCGAUACCUUCAUCCGGAGCAAUGGGAACGCAUGGAGGCACUUGCAGACGACAAGACACCUUAUCAUAGCUCUGACGACCUCGGCGCGUUCACAAGAACCUACCUGCACCUCCUUGCCAUCCUUCCCCUACCGCUCCUCCCACUGCUGACGGUAGAGACGCUAAUCACGCUCUCGUCUCGCGACUCGCACAACUCGUUCGGUAUUCGCUCCCUCGAAGACGACGGCUCAGAAUUCUUCGGAUACGGUUGCUGGCCCGCGGCAAGCUACUUCAACCACUCGUGCGGGCCGAACAUUGGGAAGAACAGGGAGGGUAGGACGUGGUUUUUUAGAGCUGGGAAAGACAUCGAGAAAGGGGAGGAGCUGUGCAUUACAUAUCUUAGUGGAGAGGAGAGGAAACUAAGUCGUGGUAAGAGACUUUUGAGGUUGAAGAAGACGUGGGGCUUUGAUUGUGCGUGUGAGAGGUGUGAAGCGCUGUAG